AUGUAUAAAGCUGGCGUUCUUGUCCCAGGGGAGGCGGGAACUGGCAUUGGUGCAGAGACAGCUCGCUACUUCGCUGAGGCAGGUGCACUUCGGAUUGCUCUUCUUGGCCGAAGGGAACACAUACUUCUGAACACUAAAGCCUCCAUUCAAAGCGAGUUCCCUAAGGUUGAGGUAUUCGUGUCCCCCACCGAUAUUACAAAGAAGGUUGAGGUCGACAACGCCUUCGCAAAGAUUGUUGGGGACGGAAAAAUCGAUGUUCUAGUUAGCAACGCCGCGAUUAUUGGGCCCCAUGAGGGUAUUAGUGACGUGGAUCCCGAAAAGUUACUCGAAGCCACUCAAGAAAAUCUCAGAGGUUCGUUGUACGUUGCUCGGGCUUUCCCUCGCUAUGCUUCAACGGAUGCAGUUCCUAUCAAUGUUUCCUCGGCCGUAGCGCACAUGGACUUUGGUCCUGGUUUUGCCUCUUAUAGCAUCGCUAAGAUGGCGAUAGUUAGGCUCUGGGAUGCGCUGGCCUUUGCGAACCCGGGGCUAAGUGUUUUUCACGUCCAGCCUGGGAUAGUGGACACCGCCAUGAAUAGGGAAGCAGGAGGUAUUAAGGCGGCGGGCUUGGAAGACAAUGGUAAGCGAACUCGUCACCUUCAGCUUGUUCUUGCAAGCCCCGAGGCGCGCUUCUUGAAGGGCAGAUUUCUGUGGACAAACUGGGAUGUGGAUGAGCUCAAGGUCCAGGCCAAAGAGAUUGAAACCAGUGGGAAAUUUAGCACUGGGCUUGUUGGAUGGUCAUUCCAGUCAGAGUAG